AUGGCACCAUCAGUCCCGGAGUUUUAUGCUGGGAAGUCUGUUUUCAUAACAGGAGGAACAGGUUUUGUUGGAAAGCUGUUGGUAGAGAAGCUACUGCGUGCUUGUCCAGAUAUCAGGACCAUCUACUUAUUAAUUCGAGAAAAAAAGAAUAUCUCCGGUGAAGAGCGACUACAACAGAUGUGCGAGUGUAAGGUUUUCGAUCUUCUUCGUGAGAGGAACCCAGAGUUCUCUAAGAACCUGCGUCUGAUUGGAGGUGAUAUCACGAUAGACGGUCUCGGAAUGUCGGAGGUGGACCGGCAGGAGUUAGUCGAACAUUGUAAUAUUGUGUUCCACAGUGCUGCGUGUGUCAGGUUCGACCAGACUCUAAAAGUAGCAAUCAAUAUAAACAUCAAAGGUACAUUAAGAGUACUGACUCUCGCCGAGUCUAUGAAGAAUAUAGAAGCGUUCGUGCACGUGUCGACGGCGUACUGCAGGUGCGAGCUGCCACAGCUGUCCGAGCGACUUUACCCCGUCGUGCACGCGCCGCGUCGCCUGCUGCAGCUGCUGGAGUGGAUGGAUGAUGAUACCCUAGCUUACUUACAGCCCAAACUGAUUGCGUCGGAACCCAACACGUACUCCUACACAAAGGCUGUGACCGAGGACCUGGUGAAUGAGUUCAGCAGCAAGUUCCCCGUUGCCAUCGUCCGACCUUCUAUAGUGAUUGCAACUUGGAAGGAGCCCUUCGCAGGUUGGGUUGACGGCAUGAAUGGGGCCACAGGGAUCGUCAUCGGCAGUGGAAAAGGAGUGAUACGCACUAUGCUUUGCGAGGCGAAGUACACGGUAGAUGCCGUGGGAGUGGAUGUGGUGGUCAACGGGUGCAUUUUGGUUGCGUAUGCGACUGCUCUUGAUAAACUCAGAGAAACCCAGGUGUAUAACUUGACGCUAAACAAGAUGAUCAGAUUCUCAUGGGCACAUGUCCUUGAAUUGGGUGAGAAGUGGAUGCACCAGUACCCAUUCACGGUGGCGCUGUGGUAUCCUGGCGGCAACAUACGCUCAUACUGGAUCACGUAUCAGAUCAGCAAGUUCUUCUACCAUCUCUUACCGGCUUACCUGAUUGAUGGACUGCUGUUCUUGCUAAGAAGGGAGAGAUUUAUGGUGAAACUCCAAGCCCGAAUCUCUCACGGUUUAGAAGUCGUGCAAUACUACACAACGAAGGAAUGGCACUUCAACAACGAGAGGUUCCUGUCUCUCCACACUAGGAUCAAUGCAGAAGACCAGAGCACCUUCUACUUCGUCGAUCCUCAUAUGGAUAUGGACCAUUAUUUUGAGAACUUUGUUCUUGGUAUACGGCAGUAUUGCUGCAAGGAAGACCCUGGGAACCUGCCGAGGGCUAGGAGAUUGCAUAGAAUACGCUACAUCGUCGACAGAGCUGUGAAGUUAUUCUUCUUGACUCUACUACUGUUAUUCUUCUUCUCGAAGCGACAUUACUUCCUCUCUUAUGUGGAAAUGCUUGACAAUGCUUUUAAGAGUCUAUCACCUUUUCCCAUUAUUAGGAGGGAAGAUUAUUUAUAUUGA